AUGCGUCUUUUCCAUGCGCCGCCCGCCGCCCUCGGCCUUGUCGCUUUCGCAUAUCUUCCCUCUACCUUUGCGAAGCCAUACCGGUACCCAGUCCAUCAAGAAGAACUUUUGGGUUUUCACAACUCGUCGCAAUUAAUUGGGAGACAAGAAAAGUGCGCCAAUCCCUGUGGUUUUGAGGGCUGGCUCUGCUGCCCUACAGGCACAACAUGCUACACUGAUGCCAGCAACCAGGCGCAGUGCGGUGGUGCUGCAACCCCAGCUGCUGGCGCAGGAGGAUACUGGCAAUACCACACGACGACUUACGUUGAGACGGUCGGCCUGUUGACCAAGACAUCCGUCUUCAGCACCUAUGUCCCCGCGACUGCGACACAGACAUGCAAAGACUCACAAAAUCCCUGUGGCUCCACCUGUUGCGAUUCGGGCUACUACUGCCUCACUGCCGGCCAGUGUGCCUUGAUCGCUGGUGGGAGCUCAGGAGGCAUUGUGCCUACCGGUACGUUGGCCCCCUCUGCUCCUCUUCGACCUACCAGCUCAGGAAUCGUUGUAGUCACAUACACCGGCACCCCGACUGUCACAGUACCCUUCCAGACGCCAAUUCCUACGGGCGCUUCCGGCAGCCUGGUCCCAACUCAGGAAAGCAACAAUGGCCUCAGCGGAGGCGCAAUUGCCGGUAUCGUCAUUGGUGUCAUUCUCGGCAUAUUGCUCCUUCUGCUCCUCUGCCUCUUCUGCUGCGCACGCGCCCUCUUCGACACCCUGCUCGCCAUCUUCGGCAUUGGCAAGAAGCGCAAGCACACUCACGAGGAGACAUACAUUGAGGAGCACCACCACAGCGGUGGUAGCGCUGCUGCUGGUGGUGGCCGCUGGUACGGCGCUGCCCGACCUGCCCGUCCAUCGCGCGCCGGCUCUGAAAAGCACGGUGGUGCGAAGAAGGGCCUUGGUCUUGCGGCCGGUCUGGGUGGAUUGGCUCUUGCGCUGGGCUUGAAGAGGAGACACGAUGCAAAGGCCGAAGACAAGAGCACCACUGUCAGUGGAACGUCGUACAUGUACAGCGACUACACAAGCACAAGCAGCGCAAGCUCUUCGGAUCGCCACACUCGCCGAACACACCACUCGUCAAGACGAUGA